GCUUCAUUCACUGAAGAGUCCAGCAUCGAUUUAAAGUCUGCUGAAAGUAGAUGGAAAAUUCUGCUUGCUUUACACUGUUAAAAUAGACUUGCACAGCUCCUGAGCUUAAUGUUCAUUCUCAGGAGUGAGAGAGGCAGGCACAGGAAUUUAUAACCCUCUGACUGAAAAGAAGUCAGUUUGGCUUGCUAACAAGCUAAAUUGUCCUGGUUUCCUGGACGACUGAGCAACAUCAACUCCCCCUACCACCACUACUCCUCAUGACUGCCCAGUCAGGCCUUAACCGCUGUAGAUGUCGUGGUGAAUGUCUGCAUAUUUGUCUUCAGCCACAGGACAUGGCUGACAGAGGCCAUGACGGAGAAAAGAGGGAUGCAGAGGACACAGAUGUGCUUCUUUACUCUGAUCUCAACGACAACAACAGUGCGUUUGGACUGGACUCUCCGUCUCUCAAACUGGACCACUGUGACCUCCUGUUAGAUGCUAUUGAUGCUCAGCUCGGCCAGCUGCAGGUCCAGCCCCAGAAACGUCAGGCAGUUUCCAGACAGCUUGAUUGCAGCAGUGCAGCUCCUCUUAGGUGGAGUCAGUCUCUGAGUAAAGACACGGGUCUUGGAAGUACAACUCAAACGAAUGACACCCCCAUGUCUUGUCUCGAUUUGAUACACACACCGACGAUGGAACAAACAUCAGAGAGGAGCACAAGCUGCUGGGAAGCUCCUGUCACUCAUGAGGAAACUAAACAGAAGUUAGACAGGAAGACAAAAGAGGAAAUGGACUUUCACAGGGAGCAGGUCAUCUGGAGGCUCGAGAGGCUGCUCGGAGACACCUGUAACGAGGGAAGCAUGGCAGGAGAUACUCACCCUCCUUCAGACAGCAUCUGCACCGAGGACUUUGUCAGACGCUUCAAAGACGAGAUGGUUGAAUUGACGUUGCCAGACAGUAAUAUGGAGCAACUAGACAAAGAAGAAGAGGCAGAGAGGACAAAGAUAUCUGACUGUGAGCAAAAGGGACAAAGUAUUCUUGAUGUCAACUGUAAAGACGCAGGGACUGCUCACUAUUUCCAGUCAAAUGAGCCAUGUCUAGGAAAAGAACUGGGGAAAUGUCUCUCUGGCAGUAAUGGAGUAAAUACAUCAUGUAGUAAGAAGGCAGGAGCUGGAGGGGGAUGCAGCACACCACAGAUGCCUGGUGGUGAUAGUAGCAUCUUUCACAGAGCGGAGGAUGUAACAGAACAUGAAACCCCGAGGCAGAACAACAGGUGUUCCCCUAAAGCCAGGUGCUUGGCAGGAGUACCUGUGUGGAGUUUUGACACCGUGUCCAUCGACAGCGACCUCGACUCAGUCUGCACGGAGCAAGUCAGGAAACAUAUUCACACGCGGCCAGGAUGGCACUCUCUCAUUCAGUCUGUUACAGACAUGGAUGACUACUGUACCAACCAGAGCGACUAUGAUACACCCACACAGGAAGAAAGUGAACCUCAGUCUACAUCAGGUCAGAAAUCCUCUUCUGCGAAUGUACAAAACAGAAGUCCAUCUGUCCGUAAAGCACAGCGCAGUAAGAGAGAAACUUCCAGAUUUGCGUCUUCCUCGGUUGACAAUGACAAGGACACAGAUGAGGAAAUAAAUCACUGGAGCAGGAGAUGCAGACCUGAGAGGACAUCAGAGAAAAUGCAGUCUGAUUGGGCCAAGAUGAAAGAGCGUCUCUGCACACUUCGACAGAAAUGUGAGAAAGAGGAGGAGACACUGCAGUUGAAGAGGACUCAGUUAAAAGAUGCUGAGCUCUCCCUCUCUGAACUUCAACAGAGAAGAAAGCAUGCCUUGCAGGAAUUAGAACGACUGAGUGUUGAGACAGCAAAGAUGGAGACAGAGAGGAGGACUGUGAGAGACAGCAGGACAUGGAAGGACUCUAUAAGUUGCCAAGUGCCUGAGCUGCAGAAGCAGAGGGAGCCCUGUAUCCUUGAGAUAAGAGACGUGGAAGAAGACCUUGCAACUCUGAGUCGAUGUAAACAGACUGUGAAGGAUGGAGCCUUCACGCCCGGUGUCAUCAUGUCAGCGCUGGAGAGGGAGGAGAUGGACAGACAGCUGGACGGCGCCAAGACAGAACUGUUUGCUGAACAGCGACGUGCAAGAGAGAGGCUAGAGAGCAUGCAAGAAAAGUUGGAGGAGACUCGUGAUGAGCUGCAGAGGGUCACGGACUCAGAGAGCUUACUGAGGAGCAGGUGUGUCUGUCUGGAGGAGAAACAGAGGCAGAAAAAGGAUCAGAUGGAGGCAAUAGAGUUUCAAGUAGGCAAGCUGCAGGAUGAACUGGGUGAAUAUAAAAUCAGAGUGGGUACUCUGGAGAAGAUGUUGGCCCAGAAGGAGCUGCAGCUGCUGGAUUUACAGGAGACACGUGCAACCUUACAAGCAGAAAGAGAUGGACUGAGGGGGGAGCUACAACACCUAAAAACUCAGCACUGCAGUGCACUGAAAGAGGCCCAGAAACAAGCCAAGAGAAUGGAGGCAGCAUUGAAGCAGCAAAAGAAAGAUCUGACUUUGACUCAUGAGCAGAAAAUCCAAAAGGUUAAUAAGCAGGCUGAGGAGGAGAAAACAAACGCUCUGAAAGAACAAGCUCUGUGUCUCACACAGCACAUCGAGUCCUUGAAAAGUUCCAUUCAGCUCAAAGAAGAAGAGGCAAGGAAGCUGAGGGAUUCUCUGGAGCAGCAAAAGGAGGAGGCAAAGCAGCGUGAAGAGGAGCUUCGUGCAGAAGCCUCAGAAAAGGUGCACAAAGCCAUAGAAGAGGAAAGGAGGAAAUCGGAGGCACAAAAGGUAAAAGCUGUGCAGGUGCACUGUGGGAUACUUGAAGAGCAGAACAGAAAGAGCCUGGAAAGCAUGAGAAGUGAGACGCAGCGAGAGAAGAAUAAAGCAACGGCACUUCAACAUAAAGUGGUGGAACUGCAAACAAGAGUGCAGGAGUUGGAGAGUGAAAGCAGUGCACAGCAGAGAGAGCAUGACUCUUUGCUGGCAGUCAUUUGUAAAUCACUGAAAGAGGAGCACCAGGCUGAGCUGCAGAAGUUGCAGAGACAGAUGGCACAGGAGAGUCAGAGGGCAGCAAUGCGGCUCGAGCGGACAGCUCAGCUGGCAGAGGGAGAGGCUGGCAGACUCCAGGUGAUGCUAGAAGAAAGGGAGAGCAGCCAUAACCAAAUCACAGCUGAGCUGGAUCAGCAGCUCAGGCAGUGGGCCCACGAGCUGGGAGCAGAGUGCCAGCAUCAUGGAGCCAAACAAAGUCGGGUGCAACUACCUCCCAGUCUCACAGCAGCUGAGACUCUUGCAAACCUGAGAACACUAAGAGAGCAGCUGAUGCACUUGAUUAGCCAUCUACAGCAGGAGCUGGAUUCACAGAAACAAACCAUCGACCAGCUCAGAAAAGACAAGGAGCGAGAAUUGAGCAUCCAGAGGCAACAGCUAAGGACGGAGAGAGACCAAGCCUUGGAUUCUCUGAAGGAGCGUCUCAUUCAGGAGCACAUUGAGGAGUUAAGCAGUCUGAACUGGGCUCAUAUGUGUGAUGGAGGAGCUGAAGGAGGAGGAGGAGGAGGAGGAGUGGCAGCAUCUCUUCGCAAACAGCUAAAGGCCAAAGAUCUGCAGCUCAGGCAGGUUCAGAGGAGCAUGGGUCAGUGGAAGGAGCAGACAGCAGCUCGUCUGGCAUGCAAGUUUGAAGAGGAGUUGACAGCUGAACUGGAAAGGUGCAAGACAAAGUUGUUAAGGGGCAGGAAAACGUCAAAGACUCAAGAGCCGGGUAGGACUGAAGGAGAGAUGAUGCUUAGUGCAAAGGAAGCUCAGAAUUCAGUUUGCUCUCCGUCCCUUCUCGUUGCUGCCUCCCACAGCCCCUCAGACGUGGCUUCCUUUAAGCUCCUACGUUACCUCCAGAGCAAAGUCAAGCAGCUCCGUGUAGAAAACCAGGGCAACACCUGGAACCCAUCCAACACAGCCCAUUUAGAUUUGUCAGGAUCCUAUCUUACAACAAUGACUCAAGACACUGCUGGAAUUCAGAGCCACUCAUCAGUCAGCACAGUGUCAAGUUAAGGACAUGAAACCUGACUCUGGGUGUGUUACACAGGCCGGUGAUACACUGUAAUGUUCUCUAUGAAGAUAGCAGAUUAACGAGCAGGUCACAGUGACAAAUGACACAACUGAACAACUGAAGAUUUGGUCAUCAAGUUCACAUUCCCCCAUGUGAAGGCAGUCAAGUUUUAUGGCUUAAGGUUACAGUGAACUGUGAAUACGUGAUGACAUGACAUUUCACUGGAGAUCAUGUGAGCUAUGUCAGAGAACGUUAUAUAGAGCUGACUGUUGUAUAAUCACAAUGAGUUUAAAAAAAAGUUUUUAAUUUGAAUGCCUUUAAACUUCUUUAUCAACUUUGUGUGAAAAUGUGUAAUCUUAAUGUAAAAACACUAUACUGGGACUGAUGCAGGAUUACUCAGGAAGUUGCAGGAAGUUAUUUUGAAUUAGUCAGCAUCAUUCUUGGUCCAGGAAAUCUUCUAGAGUGCUGACGUUAUGAAUAAAACUAUCCCCAUUUAAGACAAUGACAUGGCUCUAAUUUACCUGAAAAUAGCAUUGGACUUUGUAAUAAAUGUAUUUUGUGUAACAAAUUUGAGGAUACUGCAUUCAAUAACCUAAUAGUUAGAUUAUACUUAAUGGACUGGUUGCACAGGAGCUAAACUCCAAUGAACGACGCCUGGCUCUGCCGCCUGUAGACUCAGAGCAAUCCAAACUUUUCUCGCCUGUUGUUCCCCGUUGGUGGAACAUCCUACCAGUUUCUACCAGAUCAGGGGAGUCCCCAUCUACCUUUAAAAACCUCCUGAAGGCCCGGCUCUUCAGAGAGGUCGUCCUCUCCAACAAAUCUAUGCCCCUAUUGUCAUUUGAUUCUACGUGAGGAGUACUUAUCCCUACACUAACAUGUCCUUGUCACACUUGAAUAUUUCCUUUUUUGUGAGUCGCUAAUACACCUGUGUGUCAUUAAUACACCUGUGAGUUUCCUGCUAUGCUAUGCCAAAAUAUCAACAACCAGUUGACAUCUACAGCCAGUUCUGUACUGUACAAUCAGUCCAUUGUUUUCAAUAUGUACAAAUGUUAUUAGAUCGGAUCAGGUGUUCUAAUAAACAGUAUGUGUGAUUUAAGCCACCCAACAACAGGAUUUAAUCGACUGAAAACCAUAUUCGCCAUGCAGAAUCUCCACAUGGACAAGAGUUUAUUUAAAAACAAAUAAAAAGUCAUAACACUGGCUGGAUGGCUGAUUCUGGUAAUGUACAUAUGAAAAUACAAUCAAAAUCAUAAAAAGGUGCAUUUUCCGUGACUUCUUUACAAAAAUUCCUCAAAGCUCACAGGUGGCGUACUUGCUAAGCGCUAUAGGAAGAUAAAUCUUUUUUUUAACCACAGUAAGUACAACUGCAAGCAUGGAGCCAUGCUGUGAGCAAACGUGAACACACAGGAACAAUUUUACAGGUCCUGGUAACGACGCCAAGAAGCCGAACACAAACUGUACAAAAUUCAGGUGCUGCACACUGAUGUUUAACAAAGAACAAUUCAUACAAUUCAUAGUACAUCAGUGUGUUGUUGGCCAAUCUUUGGCAAAAUUAUGUACAAAUGUUCUUUCUAAGGGCAAAGGUCAAUUCUGUGUGUUAUAUAAAAUUGUUUAAGUAAGGCCGUCUAUAGAACAUUUCAAAGACUCGAGAUCAUGACAGUAUCUUGAAGAUUUAAAUGGAUAAAGCAGAUUAAUUCGGUCAGCAUUACAUGUUACAUUGUCAAAAAAAAAAAA